GACAGACUUUGCUCCAAGCGCCAGCUGGGAGCGGCAGCUGGAGCAGCAGGUGAGGCAGCUUUUCUGUUCCCUGUCGGUGAGUGUGUCUGCCCGCGUCAGGUGCUCAGACCCAAGGGCGGGGGCGAGCGGUGGGCAUCUCAGAAGCCCUGGCGGGGUCAGCUGCCGGAGGGCUCUCAGGACCGGCACUCCCCACUGGUCCCAACACAGGAUUCUAGUCGGCUCCCAGCCGGGCCCGGGCCUGCAGGAACCUCGCGGGGCUCCUUCUGGGCCUCGAUGGAGCUCCACCCGCCACCUUUGCAGCCCUUCCUGUUACUACUGCUGUUGCUGCCGGCGGUGCCCGAGAUGGUUGGGUCCUGGCAGUGCCCGCGCGUCCCCUACGCUGCUUCCCGCGACUUUGAAGUGGAGUACUUGGUGCCCAGUUUCUCCGCCGGCGGUCCGGUACAGGCCGUGGCGACCUAUGAGGGCGGCGGGGAAGAGAGUGCCGUGUUUGUGGCCAUACGCAAUCGCCUGAACGUGCUUGGGCCUGACUUCCAACCAAUUGAGAGCCUGGCCACGGGCCCUGUCGGGGACCCAGACUGCCGGACGUGUGCGGCCUGUGGCCCGGGCCCCCACGGCCCGCGGGAGGAUACAGAUGCGCAGGUGCUAGUGCUGGAGCCGGCGCUGCCCGCAUUGAUCAGUUGUGGCUCCAGCCUUCAUGGUCGCUGCUUCCUGCAUGAGCUAGAGCCCCAAGGGGCAGCCCUGCACCUGGCACCACCAGCCUGCCUUUUCUCUGCACACCACAAUCGGCCCGAGGACUGUCCCGACUGUGUGGCCAGCCCUCUGGGCACCCUUGUGACCGUGGUUGAGCAGGGCCAUGCCUCCUACUUCUACGUGGCAUCCUCGCUGAACUCAACAGUGGCCGCCAGCUUUAGCCCCGGCUCAGUGUCCAUCCGGCGCCUCAAGGCUGACGUCUCAGGAUUUGCACCAGGCUUUGCAGCACUAUCAGUGCUGCCCGAGCACCUCGCUUCCUACCGCAUCGAAUAUGUGUACAGUUUCCGCGCGGGAGCCUUUGUCUACUUUCUGAUGGUGCAGCCAGCCAACGUGGCAGCCGCUCCUGGUGCCUUACACACACGUGUGGCACGGCUCAGUGCUGUAGAGACCGACCUGGGCAACUACCGCGAGAUGGUCCUUGACUGCAGUUUUGAGCCUAAACGCCGGCGUCGCGCGGCCCAUGAGGGAGGGCAUCCCUACCCGGUGCUGAGGGCAGCCCAUGCCGCUCCUGUGGGCAGCAGAUUGGCUGCUGAACUGAGCAUCGCCGAGGGCCAGGAAGUGCUAUUUGGGGUCUUCUCGGCUAGCAGGGACAGCAAGUCAGUUGUGGAUCCCAGCUCUGUCGUCUGUGCCUUCCCAGUUGAUCUGCUGAACACUCUCAUUGAUCAGGGAGUAGAGCGCUGCUGUGAGCCUCCAGUCCACCCUGGCCUCCGCCGAGACCUUGACUUCUUUCAAUUGCCCAGUUUCUGCCCUCACCCGCCUGGCCUGGAGGCUCUCAGCCCCAACACCAGUUGCCGCCACUUCCCUCUGCUGGUCAGCAGCAGCUUCUCACGUGUGGACCUCUUCAAUGGGCUGUUAGGGCCAGUGCAGGUCACUGCAUUGCACGUGACACGCCUCAACAAUGUCACAUUGGCCCACAUGGGCACAGCUGAUGGGCGCAUCCUGCAGGUGGAACUGGCCAGGUCUCUCAACUACUUGCUGUACGUGUCCAACUUCUCACUGGGCAGCAAUGGGCAGCCUGUGCAUCGGGAUAUCAGUCGCCUUGGGGACCACCUUCUCUUUGCCUCUGGGGACAAGGUCUUCCAGGUACCUGUCCGGGGCCCUGGCUGCCGCCACUUCCUCACCUGUUGGCGUUGCCUGCGGGCACAGCGUUUCAUGGGCUGUGGAUGGUGUGGGGGCAUGUGUGGCCGGCAGAAGGAGUGUCCUGGCUCCUGGCAACAGGACCAUUGCCCACCAGAGCUUACUGAGUUCCACCCCCAGAGUGGACCCCUGAGGGGCAGCACAAGGCUAACCCUGUGUGGCUCCAACUUCAACCUACACCCUACUGGCCUGGUGCCUAAAGACACCCAUCAGGUUACCGUGGGUCAAAGUCCCUGCCGACUGCUGCAUAAGGACAGCUCAAACCUCAGCCAAGUGCCCCGGAAGUACUUUGUAGAGGAGCUUGAGUGUGAGCUGGAGCCCUUGGUCACGCAGGUAGCUGGGCCUGCCAACGUCAGCCUCACUGUGUCCAACGUGCCACUGGGCAGGCAUUUCCGGGUGGAUGGCACCUCCAUGCUUCAAGGCUUCUCUUUUGUGGAGCCGGUGCUGAGAACAGUACAACCCCUCUUUGGCCCACGGGCAGGGGGAACCUCCCUCACCCUUGAAGGCCAAGACCUGUCUGUAGGUACCAGCCGGGCUGUGUUCAUCAAUGGGACUGAGUGCCCGCUGAAACGGGUCAACGAGGGGCAGCUUUUAUGUACCACACCCCCAGGGGCCGCUACUGCCAGCGUUCCCAUUCGCCUGCAGGUAGGGGGUGCCAAGGUGCCUGGCUCCUGGAACUUCCACUACAAGGAAGACCCCAUCAUGCUGGGCAUCAGCCCCAACUGUGGCUACACUGGCUCCUAUGUGACCAUCCGUGGCCAGCACCUGACUUCAGUGCAGCACCUCGUGGUGUCAUUCCAUGAUGGGUUUAAGGCAGUGGAGAACAGGCAGUGUGAAGGGCAGCUCCCGGAGCAGCACUGGUGCCGCCUGCCUGAAUACGUGGUCCGAGGCCCUCAGGGGUGGGUGAUGGGGAACCUGAGUGUCCAGGGGGAUGGGGCUCCUGGCUUCACACUGCCUGGCUUUCGCUUCCUGCCCCCACCCUACCCACCCAGCACAGACCUGGCCCCACUGAAGCCUGAGGAGCAUGCCAUUAAGUUUGAGUAUAUUGGGCUGGGUGCUGUGGCUGACUGUGUGGAUGUGAACGUGACCGUGGGAGGUGAGAGCUGCCGGCAUGAGCUCCGAGGGGAUGUGGUCAUCUGCCCCCUGCCCCUCUCCCUGCAACUUGGCAAGGAUGGUGCUCCACUGCAGGUCUGCGUGGAUGGUGGGUGUCACAUCCUGGGCAGGGUAGUGCGGCCAGGUCUGGAAGGGGUCCCCCAGAGCAUGCUCCUCGGUGUCCUGCUGGCCCUGCUCCUGCUUGUGGGUGUACUGGCCGCCGUACUGGUCUUCAGUUACUACAGGAGGAAACAGCUAGUCCUUUCUCCAAUUCUGGAUGAUUUGGCAUCCCUGGACAGGACCACUGGAGACUUACCUCUGCCUAUUCUCCGCUCAGGCUCUGACUACAGAAAUGGCCUCGGUGAGAUGGUGGCAGUACUAGAAGCUGGGGCCAUGCCCUCUGUGCCACAAGUCCCUCACUCCCUGUCCUCCACAGCAUCCCCUGCCAUCAGUGACCUGGGUUCUACCACUCGGAUCCGCAGAGCAUCCUUCUCAGACAGUGGGGUCGGAUCCCAUGUCCCACUGCUGAGGAAAGAGUCCAUUCAACUUGGGGACCUGAACCCCACGCUCCUGGCCGAGGUUAAGGAUGUGCUGAUUCCCCAUGAACGGGUGCUCACCCACACUGACCGAGUCAUUGGCAAAGGCCAUUUUGGAGUCGUCUACCAUGGAGAAUACAUAGACGAGGCCCAGAAUCGAGUCCACUGUGCCAUCAAGUCGCUGAGUCGCAUCACAGAAGUGCAGGAGGUGGAGGCCUUCCUGCGCGAGGGGCUGCUCAUGCGGGGUCUGCACCACCCAAACGUGCUGGCUCUCAUUGGGAUCAUGCUUCCGCCUGAAGGGCUGCCUCGUGUGCUGCUGCCCUACAUGCGCCACGGAGACCUGCUCCAGUUCAUCCGCUCACCCCAGCGGAACCCCACGGUGAAGGACCUCAUCAGCUUCGGCCUGCAGGUGGCCCGCGGCAUGGAGUACCUGGCAGAGCAGAAGUUUGUGCACAGGGACCUGGCUGCUCGGAACUGCAUGCUGGAUGAGUCAUUCACGGUCAAAGUGGCUGAUUUUGGUCUGGCCCGCGACGUCCUGGACAAGGAAUACUACAGUGUCCAACAGCACCGCCACGCUCGUCUACCUGUCAAAUGGAUGGCUCUCGAGAGCCUACAGACUUACAGAUUCACCACCAAGUCUGAUGUGUGGUCAUUUGGUGUGCUGUUAUGGGAGCUGCUGACACGGGGUGCCCCACCAUACUCCCACAUUGACCCUUUUGACCUCGCUCACUUCCUGGCCCAGGGUCGCCGCCUGCCCCAGCCUGAGUAUUGCCCCGAUUCUCUGUAUGCAGUGAUGCAGCACUGCUGGGCUGCAGAUCCUGCAGCAAGACCCACCUUUGGAGUGCUGGCAGGGGAAGUGGAGCGCAUGGUGGCCACACUGCGAGGAGACCACUACGUGCAGCUGCCCGUGGCCUAUGUGAACGUGGGCCCUGGCACCUCUGACAAGGCAAACCUGUCAUCGGAACAGUCGCCGUCCCCACCAGUGCACAGGAGCACAGGGCGGCCCCGGCCCCUCUCAGAGCCACCAAGGCCCACGUGACCUCAGCCCCAGGCAGGACCCGAGGGAUCGGACCUGUGUAAUGGUGGGAGUUAACCCAAGCUGCCUCUGGGCUGGCCUCUGCCGGUCCCUGCCUCUCAGCCUUCAGGGGCAUAGGAAGGUGCAAGGCACAAUGGCCUCUCACUCCACAGAGGGAACCAGUGAGGGGAUCCUUGAUGCAGUAUUUAUGGAAUGUCUGCUGUGUGCCUGGCUGCUGGGCACAGGGGACUCGAUGGUGACCACUGGCCCUUGAAUCAGUAAAUGAAUAAAUGAGUAUUCAAGUUCAAA